AUGCAAAACAACUACAACAAUAGGAGGAAUUUUUAUCAGAAAAAAAAUCCGAACAAAGAUAGAGAUAAAGGAAUAACCUUUUGCCCUCACUACACUCUAAGGGGAUUGUGCCGUUUUUCGGACGACUGCAAAAAUUUGCACAAUUUAAAAUUAGUCGACACGUUUUUUUUGCAAAGAUCCUACAUCGAUUGCGCAAUAAUAGUACAUGGGCCGAACAACGAGAUAUACCUGUUCACGUCGAUCUCUCCGUACACAAUAAACGUAUGGAUCUUCGUCCCCGGAGAAGGAUCGAAGGAGUUGGAUAUAAAGCAUUUAAAAAAAAUAGAGUUUGAAUUAACCCCUGAGGAAGAAGAAUAUGGAGAUGACAAAUUAAAAGGCAAUAAAAAAAUGAAGAAAAGGAAAAAAAGGGUUCUAUCCUUACUAUACGCAGAAGAGUGCAUUUUCGCAGGGUUGGAUAAUGGACUCAUUAAAAUUAUGCACCUUCCUUCUUCCGAUUCUUCGACACUCUAUGCACACACGGACUCUAUAUACAGCAUUGUGUGUAUCGAUGGGAUUAUAAUAUCAUCUAGCAUAAAUGGGGAAGUUAAAUUUUGGAAGUACCAGGAAUCAUACUUAAGUUUUGUGACUAUAAAGAAAAUCGAAACAAAAACGAAAAUUUUCAAAAUGAUCGAAAUUAUUUCUUCCAAAUGUGCAUCAGGUAAUGUUAACAGCAGUUGUAAUUUGGACGAAAAUAAAUUCAACAGGACAUUGUGGGUAUGUGGUGAUAACAUAACUAUUAUCAAUCUCUUAAAUUUAGAAAUAGUGAACGUAGUGAAAUGCAAGUAUGGAAGUGUCGUUUCAGUCAUGCAGUAUGAAGCUAAUGUGAUCACUGCCAUGAGUGAUGGGAAGAUAUUAGCCUUCAGUCUUAAAGGAGAUAACCAUUUUGAGAUGAACACGUUGCCCAUUUUUUGCAUGGCUGGUUUGACUAAUCAUAAGAAUGUCCCAAUACUUAUUUACGGCUCUAGCAAAGCGUUAUAUACCUUUUCGCUGCCCGAGUUUAAUCCCUAUGGAUAUUUGAAGGACCGCGAAUCUAUGACUCUGAAAUUUAAUAUUAAUGACCCCGAUUUUAUUCUGCCUCUCUCGGGGCCCUACUUCAUUGUGCUCUUUUCCAACGCUGGCAACGCGAAAGUGUGGAAAUGGGAAUCAAAGGAUUAA